AUGGAUGUUGCAAUCAUCAGCUUGUCAAUGCAAGAAUCUUGUCAGGCAAACUUAUUCUUUGCUACAGGCAAUAAAGAUCAGGAACGCAUUCUUGACAUAUGCUGCAUGGUUGAGCAAGUUGGUCCUACUCUCUGUGCAUCAUUAAUUGGCCUCCAUGCCUUCACAGGUUGUGACUCUACCAGUUCCUUUGACGGGAAAGGCAAGGCUACUUUCUUCCAUCUUGUGAAGGAAAACAACCGGUAUGUAAUGGCAUUGACACAAUUGGGUCAAUCGUUCAACGCCAAGAGAGAGCUUAUCACUCCGUUGGAAGCACUAGUAUGUCAAGUCUACAAGUCCAACACUGAAUCAGUUGACAAGGCAAGGUACCUUCUAUUUUGUACCGGCUCGAAAGAUGGAGCUUCCUUGCCUCCAACAUAA